CAUGAAGACUCUUAGACCCAUAUGUUUUCUUGUUUUCUUCAGCUAUGUUCAGUGUCAAACUCUUCAGAGAAGUUUACUAGCCGCAGGUAGAGAAACUAAAACUUUGAGAGCUUAAGCUGUUUUCCUAAGGCCACGCUCAGAAUCAGAGCUGGAAGUUGAACUCAGAGUAACUGGCUCCAAAGCCUUUCCCUGUAACAGAUAUGAUGAUGGUUUCUUUAUUUAACAAAAAGCUGCUCAGUUCUUCAGAAGAGCCUUGCACCACAUUAAUAGCCAGAAUUACCUGCAGGAGAACUUAAGAGACAUCACCAGCAUCAUGGUGGCUCAGUUUCUCCAGAAAUUAACUUUUGAAGAGGUACAAACCAUAGUCGAAGAGGUGGUAGAUCUUGCAGACAAGUGCAAGAUCCUCAAGGCACACGAGUCACCAUCAGAAUGCUCUCACCAGUUGAUGACUACCUUCCUAGAGCACAUUUGUCAUAACCAAGGAAAGGCUGACAAAGAAGAGUUUUCUCACUGUUGCAAUAUAAAUAACAAAGCAAGACUCAAGUGCUUCCUAUUAUACAAAAAAGAUGAUGCAGGUUACAGUGAUAUAUCCCAAAUUCCAAAUCCUGAGCAGAUCUGUGAGAUGGAUGAAGAGAAUCAAGUGUCAGUGAAGGAGAGGUACAUUUAUGAAACGUCUCGAAAGCAUCCGUUCUUGUAUGGGCCCACAAUUCUGACCAUGUCUGCUUGCUAUGAAACAGCUAUCCAGUCAUGCUGUCAAGAAAGAAAUAAAACUGAAUGCUUCCAGAUAAAGCUAGAACCCAUCAAAAAAUACGUUAAAGAAAUAUCUUUGAGGCAUCACCAUUUGUGUGAAAUUGGGAUUAAGUUCAAGCACCAAGUAGCAAAAGCAGUGGAAUUGGUUCUGCUGACUAAAAAACUACCAGAGGGUAACUUCUCUGAAAUUGCCAGGCUGGCUGUGGAUGCACAAAAUCUACAUCAGGCCUGUUGCGAAGGAGACGUCGUCACAUGUGUACUCGGCAGGAGCCAGCUUAUGAACUAUACCUGCUCCAAACAGUUGAGCCUCUCCAGCAAAAUCAGUCCGUGCUGUGCACAGCCGGCGCCGUUCCGAGGGGAGUGCGUGAUCAGCUCAGAAAACGAGCAGAAGCCUCAUCUUGCAUCCUUGCCACUCGGCAGAUUUACAGAAGACCGAUCUGUGUGUGAACAAUUCUCCCACGAGCCAGAUGAUUUCCUGCAAGAGUUUCUUUAUGAAUAUUCAAGAAGACACUCAGAAUUGGCAGUUCCUGUGAUUUUAAGAGUGGAUACGGUCUAUCAAAAUUUAUUGGCAAACUGCUGUAAAUUAGAAAAUCCUCUGGAAUGCUAUAGCCGUGGGCAAGAGAUGUUCCAAAGAGUGGUUCGUGAAAGCCAUGAGCAUGUAAAACAUCACUGUGAUUUGCAUGAGAAAUUGGGAGAGGCUGACUUCCAUGACAGGCUCAUAAUCCUUUAUACUAAGAAAGCCCCACAACUAUCUGCUCAAGAGUUGGUUAUGUUCACAAAGAACAUGGCAGCCGCUGCCACCAAAUGUUGUCCACUAAGAGAUGAGCAACGAUUUGCCUGCAUGGAGGACUCGGCAAAACUAAUUCUUGGAGCUUUAUGCAGAAGACAUGAGGCAGAGCCUAUCAAUGCUGGUGUGGGCCACUGCUGUGAUGAUUCCUAUGCCUUCAGGAAGCUGUGCUUUGAUGAUCUACAAGUCAACGGGACUUACAUUUCUCCACCUUUAUCCUGUGACCAAGUCAUCAGCCUUAAAGAGAACUUGUGCAAAGCUCAGGAGGAGUUCCAAACUGAAAAACAGAAGCUCCUCAGCCACCUCGUGAAGCAGAAGCCAUACGCCAGAGAGAUGCAGUUCCAAUCCAUGACUGACAGCUUUGCCCACGUGGUGGAGAAGUGCUGCCCAGCAGAGACAAGGGAAAUGUGUUUCCGAGAAGAGGGGUCCAAACUGAUUGAAAAGUGCCAGUCUCUCUUGGGAAGCAGAUGAUUCCAGGAAAUGUCCAAGUGAAGUCUUUGCUGAGCUCUGCCUUUUACUUUUCAUGAGUAAUAAAACGCAUGUCUCAUAUCCAA